CAUGGCGGCCGCUUCGCCUAAAAGGGUUAAGUCUCCUAAAACUCCCAAAACGCCAUCCAAGAAGACAAGUAUUUCAAAUUCACCAUCUCCAAGAUCAUCUCCCAGUAGAAACCUGUCAGAUGUUGCUAGAAAGGUUAGAGAUUGUUGUGCCAGGUGGCAUGAAAACGCUAAAAAUUGGUCAAAACUGAAGGAAGCGGGAUUGUCUCUGGCUAACAAGCUGGUGAACUUACAACUUCAAAAAGAAUACAGCUCGAUGGACGACAACACUACAGUUUCACCAGUUGACCACGACUCUGAUUUUAAGUUACAUGAUGAAAUUAUGAACACCUCUCAAGAACUAUCACGAAUUUAUGAUUCUUUGGCUGAUUUACGGACUAAGAUGAAAUCCUUAGAGCAGAAUUUCCAUGCCAUAGGAAACCUGAAGGCUCUUCAAAGAAAGGGGGAAAGCUCUGAUGAUCGAAUCUUCAGCACGUGGACUAUUGAGGAAUUCUGUGAUGCAUCAAAGAUACUUCUUGAUUCAUAUACCAAAGAACUUUCUUUGAAGGAGAGACUAGUAAUGGAAUUUACUCAUUGUAAGAACAGAGAUGAACUGAUGGUAUAUCUGUCACUAUGGUUACAUGAGCCACUCUUAAACGAUGAGAAUGAAUUUCUUCUAGAGAGCAUGUUGAUUGAAGCUGAUUUAAGAUAACGUCACAGUCACAAAUUCAAAAUACACUUUGUGUCAUCCUUUUGUGGCUGUCAGAGUAUAACAAUGUGAGGCACUCUUGAUGGACUUGUUGCCAUCAAGACUAAGAUGCAGGGCUGUAGUCAAGAAAUUAGCCUGCCAGCUGAAACUUCAGGAAAGGCAGCUCAGAGAUUGCAUUCAAUAGAAAGUGACUGGAAGUGGGUAACCUCAGAGGUGACUGCCCUUUCAAUUGUCCAAUCUCACUGGCAGCUAAGGCUUAGAGACAACCCAGAUGAUGUACAGCUUGUAACUAGAUAGUCACACUAUGCUUGAUAUUGUGUGAACCUUUUGAGACUAGAAGCUCAAGAAGGGAAUGAUGGUGGCAGGGAAGGAUAUCACACAAAAGAUCUUGUGUGGCAAUCAUAUGAUGUGGUAGUAAUCUUACAGCAACUACUUUUUAAGUAUAACAAUGACUUGCUUGCAAUAAGUCAUCAGUCUUUUAUGACAGGCAAGAAGUCAAUUGCUCAGAAAAAACCCUGAUUCACACUCUGUUGUAAGCAGUUUGUGGCAAGAAAAAACGAUACUAUUGUUUUAUGAAGAAUCACAAGAGAUUAAAUUUGGAACUUGUAA